AGCAGCUCUGAGCUCCAGUUUCAGGUGCCCGGACUCAAGAGCAGGCUACUGCUGCGAGACAGCUUCUAGCUGCCAACAUUUCCUAAUCUCCUCGGCUGUGCCCCGAGAAACGAAGAGAAGAGGGGGAGGAAGAAGAAACCGACCAUCAGAGAAGCCGUGCAUCCGAGUCUUGGUUACUUGGGAGCAACCACCGCGCGUCCCUGCCUUGUCCACCUAGUAAGGAUCCCUGAGCCAUUCCGUAAUCGCACCCGCUAGCAGAGCCCCCUCUCGGUGGCCUGGAGCCUCUGGCCGCUACAAGUCGGAAGCUGAGCCCAGUCUCUGUCUUGGGAAGCGGCGGCAGCAGUAGCCCGAAGGCGCUCGGGCUAGCACGGUGGACCCGGCGGGGCAGCGGUGCACGGAGCCGGCCAGGAUGGAGGCAGAGGGCAGCAACGUGCCGGCCCGGGCGGGCAGCGGCGAGGGCAGCGACGGCACCGGAGGGGCUGCACUCAAAGCCCCUAAGCAUCUCUGGAGGCACGAGCAGCACCACCAGUACCCGCUCCGGCAGCCCCAGUUCCGUCUCUUGCACCCCCAUCACCACCUGCCCCCGCCGCCACCACCCUCGCCCCAACCCCAGCUGCAGCCACCGCCACCGCCCCCACUGCCGCCACCCCCGCCGCCGCCCGGAGCUACCCGUGGUCGCUACGCCUCGAGCGGGGCCAGCCGCGUCCGGCACCGCGGCUACUCAGACACCGAGCGCUACCUGUACUGCCGCGCCAUGGACCGCACCUCCUACGCGGUGGAGACGGGUCACCGGCCCGGCCUGAAGAAAUCCAGGAUGUCCUGGCCCUCAUCGUUCCAGGGACUCAGACGGUAAGUACAUCCUCAUUUUUGGUGGUUUUGCUGAUGGGUAAGUCUUGUGGCUGGAGCGUUAUGUGUUGAUUUACGUACUUGAAGAAUUGGACCAGACAUAAGACUUGCAGCUAGACAAGAGGCUCUUGCUAGGUUGGCAGCAUUUUUACAUGCUUUCUAUCUCUGUUUCCAGCCGUAUAGAAAAAAAAAUACACCCACUUAUAAAAGAUGGAUAAA